AUGUCUGAAUCAGACCAUUCAGAACACAGUGACGCCGAUACCCACAAAUCUGCCACCGAUACCCACAAAUCCGUCGAUACUGGUGAUUCCGGUCAGCCCAAGAACAUCACGUUUCGAGGUUCUAAAUUGGAGUUUCAUCCCGCACUUGCCGUCUCCAAUAUUAGGAACCACAUUCCUAUUAUUCUCGAGAUGGAAAAAGAUCAAUAUGGUACCUGGGGCGAGCUUUUCCGCAUCCAUGCUCGCUCAAAUCGAGUCCUGCAUCACAUCGUUCCAUCUAUCGGAAAAGAGCCACCAGCCAUUACCGACGCCAACCAUGAACAAUGGUCCAUUCUUGAUGCCACCGUUCUUCAGUGGAUUUAUUCAACUAUUUCUACCGAUUUACUGACCACUAUUCAAGAACCCAACUCCACUGCAAUGGAAGCAUGGAAUCACUUGGAAGAUAUUUUUCAAGACAACCAAAAUGCUCGAGCUGUCACUCUUGAGCAAGAGUUUUCUAACACUCGUAUGGAGGAUUUUCCCAAUGUCUCAGCUUACUAUCAGCGUCUUAAGAUGCUUUCUAAUCAGUUGAGAAAUGUCGGCUCCCCUAUCAACAAUCAUUGUCUGGUCCUUCAACUGAUCUCUGGUCUCCCAGAAGCUUACCGAAGUGUUUCUACUUUGAUUCGCUAG